AUGAGGACUUCUGCUGCCACUGCGGUUCUGGGCUUCUCGGCCCUAGUGUCUGCACAUGGAUACGUCCAGCAGAUAUGGCUGGGGGAGAACCUUGUUGAUGCUUGGAAUCCCUACAAGGACCCUCAGAAGGCAGGAGUGAACAAGAUCACAAGAAAAUUCAAGGAUAAUGGACCAGUUACAGAUGGUCUCUUCACUACCGAUGCUAUCACUUGCAACAUUGGCAUCGACGGAGAGAAUAACGUGCCAGCUAACAAGACAGCUGAGGUUGCUGCGGGCAGCACAGUCAAAUUCAUGUGGACUGAAUGGAAGAGUGAUCACCCUGGACCUGGUAAUUGCGGUGGCUCGUGCAACAAGUUUUCAGGGACCACUGGAAAAGUCUGGGUCAAGAUCGACCAGGCCGGCUACGACGCCUCAGAGUCUGUUCCGUGGGCAAGCAAGAGAUUGCCGACUCAGAACAGCACAUACACCGUGACGCUCCCGAAAUCUAUCGCCCCUGGCGAGUAUUUGCUCCGACACGAGAUUCUCGGCCUUCAAAGAACAAACACAAAUGGGUCACUGGCCCAGUUCUAUCCUAACUGUCACCAAAUUACCGUCACAGGCAGCGGUACCACUAAAUUGCCAGAGGGGAUCGCUUUGCCGGGCGCUUACCAGCCAGACGACAAGACCUCGAUUUUCCUGGAGUACCGUGACAUUUCUGCCUCCAACCCAUACACGCCUCCCGGUGGCCCCGUCUGGGGUGACGAUGGUUGGGUAAAAAUGUAG